AUGCCGCUGCAGUUCCCCGAAUCCCACAGCGACUGGAAAUUCGACCUCGUCGGUCUUCUCGCAAUCAUUGGAGAGUCGAUCGUCUCCGAGGUCGUCCAACCGCUAACCGCCUCGAGAACAGUUUUUCUCCCCCGGCUGCUCCCCGCGCCUCAUGCAUUAAUCCGACCCUCGCGACGGACGGCGCUCCCGUCGCGACCCGUCCUGGGAAUUGGUGUCUACUCGAAGCAGGAAAUCACCAGUCUGCCCUAUUUCCCGGACAUGAUCCACCAGCUCGACCUGCUCCGGCCCUACGAAAUCCAGGAAUACAACAUCAGCCUCGCAGCCAAGGCCGCCGGCGACCGCCACCAAAAAAUCGCGACGGUCAAAUUCUUUUCGCCGCUGAAACUCCUCACCCUCUUCAGCUUCCUCUGGACGGUGGGGAUCCUCGUCUGGGCGAUCCUGUUGGGAGACGGGCCUGCCGUGGUCGCCAUUGUCUUAGUCUCGGCGGCCAGUAGCCUCCACAGCGCAGCGUCAUUCUGGAAGACUAGUAUCACCAGAUUGUCUAGGCUAGGCGCACAUAGACAGGGUGACAUUGUUCUUAGGACCCGUGAGGGCGCCUUCGUCGUCGUCCAUUGCACCGAGGAGGUUGCCAGACUCUUAUACACCGCGCCGCUAGGCUGCGACUACGUGGCGGGAGGAACGACAUUCCAGAUCCUCAUCUCGGUGGGGACGCUCCUAUUAAUGGUGGGCAUUGUGGUCAUGUCAAACUGCAGCUGGACAAUGCAGGUGGUACUAGGCGCGUCGUACCUCGCCUUGAACGCACUCUACAUGGUCUGUGCCUUGACGCCGGCCGUCAGUCAGUACUGGCAUUGGGACUUGUCGUUGUUUGAAAUAGUGAUGCAGAGGAAGUUUCGUGAUUCCUACACUGAGGCACUGUGGGAGGCAAUUCGUGCCACACGGGAGACGGACUGGGUAGUUAGGGGGAGGCAUCUCCCUAAUACUUCCAGCUGGAACAAAUGGCUUGACGAAGCGAUGGGAAAUUACGAUAAUGAUGAUUGGGACCCCACUAAGGCUAGAGACCAGUAUCUCGGCGAGGAAAGGCGUGAGGCUGGCGAAAUCGUGCCCACAAGCGAUGACUACGGCAGUUGGCCGACAGCGGAUGGACCCAGGAGGAGGCCAACGAUCUUGUAG